AUGGCCAACAUGCCCACCCUUCUUCUGUUCCUGCUGCUUCUCUGGGGUCUGGGGUCUCAAGGCUUCCCAGCAACUUCAGAAACACAAGAGCAAGACGUAGAGACGGUACAGAAAUACCUGGAAGACUACUACGACCUGAAGAAUGAGGGAGACCAAACUGAAAGGAAGGGAGAUAGUGGCCUAGUGAUUGAAAAGCUGAAGCAAAUGCAGGAAUUCUUUGGGCUGAAGGUGACUGGGAAGCCAGAUGCUGAAACCUUGAAAGUGAUGAAGAAGCCUAGAUGCGGGGUGCCCGAUGUGGCUCGGUUUGUCCUCACUGAAGGGCAUCCUCAGUGGGAGAAAACACAACUGACCUACAAGAUAGAAAAUUACACACCCGAUUUACCUCAAGCAGAUGUGGACCAUGCAAUUGAGAAAGCCUUCCAACUCUGGAGUAAUGUCACUCCCUUGAAGUUCACCAAAGUCUCUGAGGGUCAAGCAGACAUAAUGAUAUCCUUUGUUCGGGGAGAUCAUCGCGACAAUUCUCCCUUUGAUGGACCUGGAGGAAACCUUGCUCAUGCUUUUCAACCAGGCCCAGGUAUUGGAGGGGAUGCUCAUUUUGAUGAAGAUGAAAGGUGGACUAACAAUUUCAGAGAUUACAACUUGUAUCGUGUUGCGGCUCAUGAACUGGGUCAUUCCCUUGGACUCUCCCAUUCUACUGAUAUUGGGGCUUUAAUGUACCCCAAUUACAUCUUCAGUGGUGAUGUUCAGCUAUCUCAGGAUGACAUCAAUGGAAUCCAGACCAUCUAUGGACCUUCCCAAGAUUCCACCCAACCAAUAGCCCCACAAACCCCACAGGCAUGUGAUAGUAAGCUUACCUUUGAUGCUGUAACUACGAUUCGAGGAGAACUAAUGUUCUUUAAAGACAGGUUCUACAUGCGCAUAAAUUCCUUCUACCCAGAAGUUGAGCUCAAUUUCAUUUCUGUUUUCUGGCCCCAUCUUCCAAAUGGACUCCAAGCUGUUUAUGAAGUUGCAGAUAGAGAUGAAGUCAGGUUUUUCAAAGGUAAUAAAUACUGGGCUGUUCAGGGGCAGGAAGUGCUACAUGGAUACCCCAAGGACAUCCACACAUCCUUCGGCUUCCCUAAAACUGUGAAGAAUAUCGAUGCUGCUGUUUCUGAAGAAGAUACUGGAAAAACAUACUUCUUUGUUGCUAACAAGUACUGGAGGUAUGAUGAGUAUAGACGAUCCAUGGAUGCAGGUUAUCCCAAAAUGAUAGCUCAUGAGUUUCCUGGAAUUGGCAACAAAGUUGAUGCAGUUUUCAAGAAAGAUGGAUUUUUCUAUUUCUUCCAUGGAACAAGGCAAUACAAAUUUGAUCAUAACACUAAGCGAAUUUUGACUCUCCUGAAAGCAAAUAGCUGGUUCAACUGUGGAAAAAAUUGACCAACUGUUAUUAACUAUUGAAUAGAAAAAUUAUAUUUUGUGAGCCCCAGGAAGGUGCUUUCCUGAAGAGCUAUGUAUUUUUCAGUAUUUUAUUUAACUUAAAGAAUCAUUGAUGCAUAGAUUUAUUAUAUGUA